CACGUCCGGAAUAAGCAGCCGGAGAGCGGCGUAGCUCCGCGGACAGCAGCCGGACAUGUGAGCUAAUGGACCGCUACCUGACACUUGGAGUCGCACUGACUCCGGUUCUGAGGAAACAACCUGCAACUGUCUGCAGAACCUCCGUGAAGAACUUCUUUCGCCGCCAGAACCCAGACCGUCUCUGUGCUGGAGCUUCCGGCUGCUGAACGUCUCGUUCAAACAGUUUCUAGCAGCUGCGGAGCUUCUAGAAGCUGCUGCUGUGGCGGAGCUAACUGCUAAUGCUAACUGCUAACUAAGAGCCUGAACUCACCUGAACUCACCUGAACUCACCUGCUGACAGCUCAACACCAGGCUCCAGCAGAGUCACACUGUUCAUACCUGCUGCGUCUUUGACAGGAACGUAGCGACUCAACACAUUAAAUAAAGUAGCUCCACCUGGACCGACUCCUCCUUCAUCCUCCUCUGCUGUCUCCAUGACGACCCCUCCUCUGGUGUCGCCUUUCGGCGGUCAGCAGCCACCGCCGCCUCAGCAGGCUGCCCGUGACGUCAACACGGCGUCGCUGUGUCGCAUCGGCCAGGAGACGGUCCAGGACAUCGUCCUCAGAACCAUGGAGAUCUUCCAGCUGCUCAGGAACAUGCAGCUGCCGAACGGAGUGACGUACCACCCCAACACCCACCAGGACCGGCUGGGGAAGCUGCAGGAGCACCUCCGAAUGCUCUCUGUGCUGUUCAGGAAGCUGCGCCUCGUCUACGACAAAUGCAACGAAAACUGCUCCGGCCUGGAGCCCAUCCCACCUGAGCAGCUGAUCCCGUUUGUGGAGGACGACGGGUCCAAGCUGGAGGACUGGUCCGGAGGCCAGAACCGACCCGGCAGUGAGGAGAGGAGGGAGAUCCUGGAGGUCAACAAGAAGCUGAAGCAGAAGAACCAGCAGCUGAAGCAGAUCAUGGAUCAGCUCCGCAACCUCAUCUGGGAGAUCAACUCCAUGCUGGCUGUCAGGAGCUGAAACUCGCAGCCUCACAACACACACACACACACACACAUAUACACACACAUACACACACACACACACACACACACACACACACACACACACACACACAGCCUGCCGGUCAGCUGACUUCGGGGUGAAACAGACCAGCUGAGGCUGAACUUUGCUGAACUAACGUGGACGUUGUUCCAGACGAAGACUGAAGGAGGACGGAGCUGCUCGGUCUAUGUCUCCUGUAGCUGCUGGCCAUGGAGCCUGGACUCUACCUUCAUGCUCUGCUCACAGCAUCACAGACCUCCGUGGAUCUGAAGGAUUUGUACGAGACCUCGGCGCUGAGUCGCUGUUCUGGGAUGUGAUGUAAACAGAGCUGACGGGUCAUUCUAACGCCUUGUUAAGAUUCUGCUGAAAUAUAAAUGGUGCUGUGAGUUCUGAAGGAGUCGCUGCUGCUUUGUGCUGUAAUGUGUCUUCAUCAGUGUGUCACGGUGUGUUUGGUUCGUGUUCGUCAAACUCCUUCGGACCUCUCGUUCAGAACUGACGAAUGAACGAUUGUUUUCAGCACAAAGGACGGCUCACGCUGUUUAGAACAUGUAAUGAAGUACAGUAGUUAUGGUG